AUGUUACCUUCUAGAGAUCACACAAACGGUACCCGAGAUCUCAAAAUGGAAUCUCAAUUCAAUCGUCGAAAUAGAGCACGACGCCGCAACUUUGAGAUCAACGACGCGAUUUUUGCCAAGGAAUAUCGAGGCCAGAAACCUAUUUGGACUCCCGGUUUCAUCAUACGCUGUGUUGGAAACACAACCUACACUGUUCGCUGUGGAAACGAAGUAUGGACUCGGCACGUAAACCAAUUGCGAUCCAGGAUCGGUACAACUGCGACUAACACUUUCUUGGAUGUAUUCGACCUACCGCUACUCGACUCCGCGAGCAGGAAUGCAACGUCGACUGCCGACUCGUCUCAACGACCGCAACGCCUUCGACGACCUCGUCGCCGACUACAGGUGGACCCACGAAGGACUCGGUACGAGAUAAUUUGA